AUGAGCACUAAAAGCGGUGGAUCGCUGGGCGCAGAGGAACGUAUUUACUUGCACAUUUAUGACUAUGAAACCAAGGAGUUUUCUGGUCUCACUACAUAUCAUGGUUUGGUGCGUAUCUAUAACUCCAAUACUUGGCCAUCGAGGAUUUUCUGGUGUGUCGUCGUGCUUUCAUGUCUUUCGUUGUUCAUGAUUCAUAGUGGAUACCUUCUUCUUGGCUAUCACUCCAAGCCCACACUUUUCCAAGUCAACACUAUUGUAGCACCCGAUGGUAUAUAUUUCCCUGACAUAACUAUCUGUAACCAUAAUCUCGUCGAAGCUUUUAAACUAGCAAACUUUAGAGUUUAA